UAGUUGUGAUGAAAACAAUUGCAAAGACCCACAGCAGCUGCGUCAUGUUAAGAAAAAUGGAAAACGAAAGUUAUCCAUGCUGGGGAGGGAAAACGAAAGUUUGGCAAAGGGGGCGGGGCCAGUCUGGUGAGGCGCCAGGUAUAUAAGCUCGUGCGGCACAAACUCGUAGCAAAGCGCCGGCUGAGCAUCAUCUGUUUGCUGUGUCACCGCGUCCAAACUUCAAUACAAGUUUUUAUUCUGAGGAGUUUUCUAAAGCGAUCGCAAGGCCCGUGUCAUCAUGGAUAUAAACAUUGUCAUGCUGAAUGGGACGUCUCACACGCUGAGGGUGAACCCAUUCGACAAAGUGGGCGAUCUGAAAAUGCGCAUCCGCGAUAUAUUCUGCGUUGCCCCUGAGAGGCAGAAGCUGAUCUUUGUCAACGGCCAGAAGACGACUCUCAGCGACGACUCCAGGACCAUCAGCUCGUACGGUCUGCAGUCCGGCUCCCAGGUGUCCCUGCUGAUCACCGAGCCGCCGACCAUCCAAGUGUUCCUCAAAAACGAAAAGGGCCAAAACAGCACCUACGAUAUCAAACCUGACGAGACCGUCAGCACCUUCAAGUCCAAAGUCGAGGCCCGAGAGGGGGUCCCGGUGAGCCAGCAGAGGCUCCUACACGAAAGCAAGGAGAUGACAGGAGGAAAACUGGCGGACUACAACGUCAAGAAUCAGAGCACCAUCUACCUGAUGCUGCGCCUGAGAGGAGGCUGAGGACACUUCUGCUUAGUGUACCAGCAGGUUAACAUACUGCACAUUCGUUCACUUUAUAUAAAUGAAUUCGGACAGACUUAGUACCAGAUUUCUUAUUUAAUUGUACCUUCCUUUGUAAAAAACCAGUACAUUCCCCACAUGUGUCAUUCUGACAAAACUUGAGAGUUUGUUUCGUCUUAAUAUAUUAAUUUUUGUAUUGCUCACUCAACAUGUGAUGAUACCUUUUAAAAUAAAGUUUCCAAUGUGAA